AUGGGCUCACCAUUUCCUACAUCCAUCUCCAAGGUCGGCGAGGGACACAUUGUCGUCAGCCCACUGCCUUCGGGCGGCAAUGGGCUUGAGACCAUUACAUAUCAGUAUCCACUGAAGCUGAUUUCACCGACGCCAUCCGUGCACCAGAAAAGCGUGCUGGUCUUUCUUCUCUCUUACGGAGGAGGUCUCGUGGGAGGAGACCACAUCAACCUCGACGUCGAUGUGCGGGCUGCCGCCCUCCUGAGUGUGGUCACCCAAGGCCAUACGAAGAUCUUCAAGUCAGCAUCGCCAGACAUUGUCACGAGCCAGAACCUCAACGUUCGGAUCCAAGAUGAUGCCUCCCUGUGUCUCCUGCCAGAUCCCGUCCAACCCUUUGCGGACAGCGUCUACAUCCAGAAGCAGAUAUUCACAGUAACGCCUACGUCGACAUUGUGCUUCCUAGACUGGGUCACGCAGGGACGGACGGCUCGUGGAGAAAACUGGAGUUUCGUCUCCUGGAAAGGCUGCAAUGAGGUGUGGCUGGCUGGUCACAGUCCAGACGCGAAGCCAAGACUCCUCGUGAGAGAUACCGUUCUCCUGUCGAGCCCGGACAGUGUCGUCCUGGGCCGGUCCUUGAGAGACGCCAUGCAUCAAAUGGCCGUCUUUGGCACUCUCAUUCUGCGCGGACCAAAGGUGCAGCGCUUGGCGGACUUUUUCACGACAGAGUUUGCCGCUUUGCCAAGGCUAGGUGCGCGCGACUUUCGUACCAUUGAGGAUCAAGCGAAAGAAGACAGCCAACUGUCUGAGCUGGAACGAUGGCGAGCACGGAGGAUCAGGAUGGAGAGGGAGCAGGGGAUACUAUGGUCAGCGGCCCAAGUUCGAAGCUGCGUCAUAGUCAAGCUCGGUGCCAGGACGGUAGAAGGCGGGCGAGAGUGGGUUGGAGCGAUGCUCUCGAAAGAAGGCAGUGUAGAAGAGCACUUUGGCGAGGAAGCACUCAUGUGCGUCAAGUAG